AUGGACUUUCUCAAGUCGGCCGUCGCGUCGGCGAUAUCAAAGGGCUACCCGACUUGGGGCUAUACCUUUGGCGACCGCGUAGACGUUGACGACUCCAUCUGGACAUUGCACAACGGCACAAAGCGAGACGACGGCUCCAAGUGCAGCAUCUUCUCCUUUGACAUCACCGCCAACAAGUCCCGCCUGCCCCUCGCGCGCAAUGCCCUCCGGAAACUGCGAACCCUGCGACAUCCUGGCGUGGUGAAGGUCCUCGACACACAGGAGAGCGAAUCCCACAUCUACAUUGCGACCGAGCGCUUGACACCGCUGAGCUGGCACGUCAAGCGGAAGAGCCUCACCGAAGAGACCACCAAAUGGGGGCUACACAACAUUGCCAUGACCCUGAAGUUUAUCAAUGCCGACGCCUCCUCGAUACACGGCUGCAUUCGCCCCGCCUCGAUCUUCUUCGGCGAGAGCGGGGAGUGGAAGUUGGGCGGCUUCGACGCUCUGAGCUCUGUAAAGGAGGACGACUCGAUUUUGCCGACAUAUGGCGGCCUGAUUCCUGACGCCGGUCGGUACAUGGCUCCGGAGAUAUCCAAAGCAGGGUGGGAGGUCAUCAAGCAGAACCCCACCCAUGCGGUGGACGCCUACAACUUCGGCCUUCUCAUCUUCGAGUGCUUCAACGGCAGCUACAGCACCAGCGACCAGCUGGCGCAGAUGAAGAGCAUUCCGCCGAGCAUGCACCAAUCGUACAAGCGCCUGCUGAACCCAAAUCCCAAGUCGCGAAUGAGCGUGAGCCAGUUUCUGGACCAGGGCAAGCGGAUAGGAGGCUUCUUCCAGACCCCUCUGAUCCAAGUCACUGAGGAUAUCGAUAACCUGGGCCUAAAGGCGGAAGAUGAGCGGAAUGAGUUGCUGGGCAAGCUUGAUCAGGUGGCAGACGACUUCCCGGCCGACUUCUUCAAGAUGAAGGUCCUGCCAGAGCUGCUCAAAUCGGUCGAGUUUGGCGGCGGCGGUGCCAAGGUCUUUGGCACCGUCAUGCAGAUUGGGCAGAAGCUGUCAGACGACGAGUACGAGACGCAAAUCACCCCAGUCGUUGUCCGCCUGUUUGCGAAUCCUGACCGAGCGAUUCGCGUGUGCUUGCUCGACAACCUGCCGCUGAUGAUCGACCACCUCCCGCAGAAGCUCGUCAACGACAAGAUCUUUCCUCAGAUGGUCACUGGCUUCACUGAUAUAGCACCGGUCGUUCGUGAACAGACGGUGAGAGCUGUUUUGACAAUAGUGCCGAAGCUCUCUGAUCGCGUGGUUAACGGCGAGCUCCUGAGACACCUUGCAAAGACAGCGAACGACGAGCAACCCGGUAUCCGCACCAACACGACCAUCUGUCUGGGAAAGAUUGCGCGCAAUCUGGGUGUAAAUAGCAGAGCAAAGGUCCUGGCAGCAGCAUUUGCACGCUCACUCCGCGAUCCAUUCGUGCAUGCCCGCAAUGCUGCGCUCCUGGCACUAGCCGCAACAGCCGACCUCUUCAGCGAGGAAGACUGUGCUACCAAGCUCCUGCCGAUCAUGUGUCCGGCUCUGGUCGACAAAGAGAAGCUGAUCCGCGAUCAGGCGCAGAAGAGCGUAGACAUCUACAUCACUCGGAUACGGAAGCACGCUGCCACGAUGCCCGACACAGUCCUUCCAUCACCCGGUCUUGCUGCUGGAAGCGGCGCCACUCCACGCAUAGGCACCCCGGCGAACGAGGGCGGCUGGGCCGGCUGGGCCAUCUCCAGCUUCACCAACAAGCUCGGAUCCACCAGUGGCACCAUUGAGUCUGGCUCAACAACGAAUGGUGCGGCUGAUCAGAGAUCGUCCUCUGUCCCUCCCACAACAUCAAGCAAACCCCCAGUGCCACUUGCUUCGAAGCCGGGCAUGCAACUCCACACUACGAAGAGCUCCGCAAACGUGCCUACCAUCAAGUCGCCGGAUCCCGCGGAAGCAUUCAACGACGAAGCAGAGGACUUUGACGGCGACUGGGGCGGCUUCGCAGACGGCGACGGCAACGACACAAACAAAGCUGAAGAGGAUCCGUGGGGCACACCGGCAGUCUCAAAUACAACGUCGUUUGACGACAAAGGCGAGCCGGAUUUCGCAGGGUGGCUUGCCGCGCAGAACAACACCAAGAAAGCCGUGACAAAACCGCUGCCGAAGGGCUUGGCCAAGUCACCGACAGCGAAGAGGCCGGCUGCUGCAGGGCGAACGAGUACAACGGGGUCAGCGAGGAAGGUCGUCGUACCGAAGAAGGAGGUCAAGAAGGAAGAGCCCAAGGCCAAGGAAGACGAGAUCGAGGGCUGGGGCGACGACUGGUAG